CUGUGUCAUUAUCCCUCUACACGCGCACACAGCCAAGUGAGUUUCGUACGAUUUCCUUAAUCAGUUCUCGUCGAGCAAUUAAACGAAGUCAUUCACCGGCCAGACCGAACGCAUUUCACGAACCUUCCAGUCUUAUCUUCCGACGGAUUGGUGACACUCCGACCGAACGGCGCAAGCUCUGUCGCGUGGCAAACGAGAUACUGUAGUAAUACCUCUACUACGCGUCGCUCAAUAACACAUCAGAUCAGUUGGUUGUGUCCGUCUUUAAUAAUCGUUCGUCUCGUAUAACGGUAAUACACUGUCGUUCGGUUUGCCGCGUGCAUGCGAACGAUGCUAUAUUUCGUACUCGGGACUCCGUGUACUGCCGCCGUCUAUCGUCGUGUAAACGUGCGCCGGCAAACGUCUUUUGCGCUGUGUCGUCUCGCCCGGUCGCACUGACCGCCUCCUGCCGCGGACACCACCGUCCACAGCUGAACUUAUCGUUCGCCGGACCGCAUCGGAAUUUUCGACAAUGGAGGUUGGUUUUACGGUGAAAAUGGGAGUGGCGAUGAUACUGCUUUGUAUAGCUAAGACAACAAACCCAAAACUACUCGAUAAUCUGCUAACGACUAAAGCAAUAUGUCCCAAACAAUGUGCUGUUUGUUCUUCCAUCGAAAUGCUCUGUUCUGGUGCCAACAUCACCGAUGUCCUAAACUAUGAUAUGGAUCCUCAAAUAGAAAAUUUAGAAUUUUCAGACAUGACAUUGAACUUUAUUCCACUCCAAGUAUCACACAUGACUAAUUGCAAGAAACUCAAUUUAUCUUCAAACAAUAUACAACAAAUUGAGAAAGAUGCUUUACAAAACUUAUGGAAUCUUGAAGAUCUGAUAUUAAGUAAUAACUCUAUCAUGAACAUUGCUGAUAUAAAUCCUAGUGAAUUAUUUAACAAUACUAAGAAUAUCAAGCGUCUAAAUUUAUCGAACAAUCAUAUAACUGAUCUCGGUCAAAACCAUAGCACUAUAUUGAUCAGUGAAUCGCUAGAAGUGUUAGACGUUAGUCAAUGUCAAAUCCUCUCAGUGGUUGGACAAAUUGUACUCAGCGGACUCACAAAACUGAAAUACUUAAACUUGUCAAAUAACCCUAUAUUAUUAUUCGGUGAACUGUUUUCGAAUUCAAUUACUACGUUGAACUUACGCGGUUGUCUCCUCGUACAUCUCAAGGAUGAUGCUCUGAGUGGAUUUACACAACUCGACCUAUUGGACAUUAGCCUGAACGAUCAACUAUUUAUCGACAAUACAAUACACACCAAGACGCUCAAAACGCUUGAUAUCUCACAGUGUUCAGUGCGCAUACCAAAUCUGGAUGGUAUGAUUGGUGUUAGAACUGUAUUUAUGAAUACUAAUCGAAUUAAAAGACUUACAGCUUAUCAAUUUGCCAAUAACUCAAAACUUAUCAAUUUGGAUCUACGCGAAAACCAUAUCGAAACUGUGGACCCGUUGGCAUUUUACGGCAUGACAUCACUUAUGACGUUGGACUUGUCUACAAACUUUAUCGUAGAACUGUCCUGGGAAUCUGUCAUGGCUACAUUGCCGGUCCUAGAGACGUUGAACCUUUCGUACAACUUCAUCUCUCAGGUUGGACGGCUGAAAUCGAACUCUCUCCGCCGACUGAACUUCGACCACUGUUGGAUCCAUUCAAUUCCGAAUGGGGCAUUCGUUCAACUAGAUAAAUUUAGUGAACUUAUCUUAUCCAAUAACCCGUUGCAAAUGUUACUGCCCGGUAGUUUAAAUUCAUCGCACUUGUCGUUUUUGGAUCUCAGCUAUUGUCGGAUAUCACAUCUGAUAUCGUACGAGUUUGUCAACUCGCCCAAUCUUACCGAAGUAAGAUUAACCGGAAAUCGUUUAGUGGCUUUGAAAAAUGGCACGUUUAAUAAAUGCACUAAACUGAAAUACGUUGAUUUGGACGACAACCCGUGGAUGUGUGACUGUUACAGUGCUGAUUUCGCGUACAUGGCUACACUGGCCAAUAGAACCACCAAGCAUUCUCCAAUUGACAGAACGCCCAGCUGCCUGACCCCAGACAACGUCACCGGUAUGCUGUGGCACGUGGCGUGCGUCAACAGCCCCGUGUACACCCGAGACAACCGGAAGAACUUCUCGAUGGCCAUCGGCGUCAUACUCAUACUGUGCGUGUCCGGACUGAUGGCCAUAUUCGUGGCGGUCCACGAGAACAUGAAGACCCGGCAGAUGAUGCGCAGGCGACGACAGCUGGACGAUUACGGUAACCCCGACCGGUCCGGCGGCGCGGGCUCGGCGGGCCCGGACGAGUACUUCGACGAGUACGCAGCCGCGGCCGAGUCGGCGCGCAAGAUGUCGCAGCUGCCGUCGUACGACGAGGCGGUCAUGUUGCCCAAACCGCCGCAGGAACCGCGCUGGACCAAGCGGCACAGCUGCACGCAGACGGACGACGCGGACGUGGCGGCCGCCGCCGCGUCACCGGCCACGGGCGGUGGCGUCUACUGGCUACUGCCGCCGCGCAACGGGUUACACGUCACCGAACUUUGACCGAACUUUGACCGAGUUGCACACCGUUCCCCGCUCUCCCAUAACCACCCAGCCAUCGACCACUGCUCUCUCUUAUCACCCACACAAAUAUCGGGACUUUUCAAAAAUUAAAAGCACCUCCCCACCACUCGUGCAUUUGACGAAUAUUAACAGUUUACUGAUAUACUCGUCAUGUAUAAUGAGAACGGAAUACUCACUCGUACGAAUAUUCGGUAUACAGUAUCCGACGUCUCCGCGCGAAUUGUCGGAGUAAAAGUAACACGCGAGUCAAAGAAAUAAAUCCGUCGAAUGCACGAGUAGUGAGAAUGGUCCAGAACAAAUUAUCGUCUAAUAAUAAAAUUAUAUGAUAUAUUAUAUUAUACUUACUCGUAA